CCAGGAAGCCUCUGCCCUAAUGGAAUUUGCAGGUGUGGAGGUGACCAUGGGAUGCCACGGCCGUGGGGGACCGUCUAUUUUCUAGGCAUUGCUCAGGUUUGCAGUUUUUGGUUUUCCCGGUGGAAUUUGGAAGGGGUCAUGAAUCAAACUGAUGCUCCUCGUCCCCUAAACUGGACCAUCCGGAAGCUUUGCCACGCAGCCUUCCUCCCAUCUGUCAGACUUCUUAAGGCUCAGAAAUCCUGGAUAGAAAGAGCAUUUUAUAAAAGAGAAUGUGUUCACAUCAUACCCAGCACCAAAGACCCCCAUAGGUGUUGCUGUGGGCGUCUGAUUGGCCAGCAUGUGGGCCUCACUCCCAGUGUCUCCGUUCUUCAGAAUGAGAAAAAUCAAAGUCGCCUCUCCCGAAAUGACAUCCAGUCCGAGAAGUGGUCCAUCAGCAAGCACACUCAACUCAGCCCCACGGAUGCUUUUGGGACCAUUGAGUUCCAAGGAGGCGGCCAUUCCAACAAAGCCAUGUACGUGCGAGUAUCCUUCGACACGAAACCUGACCUCCUUCUACACCUGAUGACCAAGGAAUGGCAGCUGGAGCUCCCCAAGCUCCUCAUCUCUGUGCACGGGGGCCUGCAGAACUUUGAACUCCAGCCAAAGCUCAAGCAAGUCUUCGGGAAAGGUCUCAUCAAAGCGGCCAUGACGACCGGAGCGUGGAUAUUCACUGGAGGGGUCAACACAGGUGUUAUUCGCCACGUUGGGGAUGCCCUGAAGGACCAUGCAUCUAAAUCUCGAGGGAAGAUCUGUACCAUAGGCAUUGCCCCCUGGGGAAUUGUGGAAAACCAAGAGGACCUCAUUGGAAGAGAUGUUGUGCGGCCAUAUCAGACCAUGUCCAACCCCAUGAGCAAGCUCACUGUGCUCAACAGCAUGCAUUCCCACUUCAUUCUGGCCGACAAUGGCACCACUGGCAAGUACGGGGCCGAGGUGAAGCUGAGGAGACAACUGGAAAAGCACAUUUCCCUCCAGAAAAUAAACACAAGAUGCCUGCCGUUUUUCUCUCUUGACUCCCGCUUGUUUUAUUCAUUUUGGGGUAGUUGCCAAUUAGACCCAAUUGGAAUCGGUCAAGGUGUUCCGGUGGUGGCGCUCAUUGUGGAAGGAGGACCCAACGUGAUCUCCAUUGUCUUGGAGUAUCUUCGAGAUACGCCUCCCGUGCCGGUUGUUGUCUGUGAUGGGAGCGGACGGGCGUCUGACAUCCUGGCCUUUGGGCACAAAUAUUCAGAAGAAGGCGGACUUAUCAAUGAAUCUUUGAGGGACCAGCUGCUGGUGACCAUCCAGAAGACUUUCACAUACACUCGAACCCAAGCUCAGCAUCUGUUCAUCAUCCUCAUGGAGUGCAUGAAGAAGAAGGAAUUGAUUACAGUAUUUCGGAUGGGAUCAGAAGGACACCAGGACAUUGAUUUAGCUAUCCUGACAGCUUUGCUCAAAGGAGCCAAUGCCUCGGCCCCAGACCAGCUGAGCUUAGCUCUAGCCUGGAACAGAGUGGACAUCGCUCGCAGCCAGAUCUUUAUUUAUGGGCAGCAGUGGCCGGUGGGGUCUUUGGAGCAAGCCAUGUUGGAUGCCUUAGUUCUGGACAGAGUGGAUUUUGUGAAAUUACUCAUAGAGAAUGGAGUAAGCAUGCACCGUUUUCUCACCAUCUCCAGACUAGAGGAAUUGUACAAUACGAGACAUGGGCCCUCAAAUACAUUGUACCACUUGGUCAGGGAUGUCAAAAAGCGAGAAUAUCCAGGUUUCGGUUGGAUCUAUUUUAAGGGGAACCUGCCCCCAGACUACAGAAUCAGCCUGAUUGACAUCGGACUGGUGAUUGAGUACCUGAUGGGCGGGGCUUAUCGCUGCAAUUACACGCGCAAGCGCUUCAGGACGCUCUACCACAAUCUCUUUGGCCCCAAGAGGCCCAAAGCCUUGAAACUACUGGGAAUGGAGGAUGAUGUUCCCUUGAGGCGAGGAAGAAAGACAACCAAGAAGCGAGAAGAGGAGGUGGACAUUGACCUGGAUGACCCUGAGAUCAACCACUUCCCUUUCCCUUUCCAUGAGCUGAUGGUGUGGGCUGUCCUGAUGAAGAGGCAGAAGAUGGCCCUGUUCUUCUGGCAGCAUGGCGAGGAGGCCAUGGCCAAGGCCCUGGUCGCCUGUAAGCUCUGCAAAGCCAUGGCUCACGAGGCGUCUGAGAAUGACAUGGUUGACGACAUCUCCCAGGAGCUGAACCACAACUCCAGGGACUUCGGCCAGCUGGCGGUGGAGCUCCUAGACCAGUCCUACAAGCAGGACGAACAGCUGGCCAUGAAACUGCUGACGUAUGAGCUGAAGAACUGGAGCAACGCCACGUGCCUGCAGCUUGCGGUGGCCGCCAAGCACCGCGACUUCAUCGCGCACACGUGCAGCCAGAUGUUGCUCACCGACAUGUGGAUGGGCAGGCUCCGGAUGCGCAAGAACUCAGGCCUCAAGGUAAUUCUGGGAAUUCUACUUCCUCCUUCAAUUCUCAGCUUGGAGUUCAAGAACAAAGACGACAUGCCGUACAUGUCUCAGGCCCAGGAAAUCCACCUCCAAGAGAAGGAGGCAGAAGAGCCAGAGAAGCCCACAAAGGAAAAAGACGAAGAGGACAUGGAGCUGACAGCGAUGUUGGGACGAAACAACGGGGAGUCUUCCAGGAAGAAGGAUGAAGAGGAAGUUCAGAGCAGACACCGGUUAAUCCCCCUGGGCAGAAAAAUCUAUGAAUUCUACAAUGCACCCAUUGUGAAGUUCUGGUUCUACACCCUGGCGUACAUCGGAUACUUGAUGCUCUUCAACUAUAUCGUGUUAGUGAAGAUGGAGCGCUGGCCCUCCACGCAGGAAUGGAUCGUCAUUUCCUAUAUAUUCACCCUGGGAAUUGAAAAGAUGAGAGAGAUCCUGAUGUCGGAGCCGGGGAAGUUACUACAGAAAGUGAAGGUGUGGCUGCAGGAGUACUGGAAUGUCACGGACCUGAUCGCCAUCCUUUUGUUCUCUGUGGGAAUGAUCCUUCGCCUCCAAGACCAGCCCUUUAGGAGCGAUGGGAGGGUCAUCUAUUGUGUGAACAUCAUUUACUGGUACAUCCGGCUCCUAGACAUCUUUGGCGUGAACAAGUAUUUGGGCCCAUAUGUAAUGAUGAUUGGAAAAAUGAUGAUAGACAUGAUGUACUUUGUCAUCAUUAUGCUGGUGGUACUGAUGAGUUUUGGGGUCGCCAGGCAAGCCAUUCUGUUUCCCAAUGAGGAGCCAUCAUGGAAACUGGCCAAGAACAUCUUCUACAUGCCCUAUUGGAUGAUUUAUGGGGAAGUGUUUGCGGACCAGAUAGACCCUCCCUGUGGACAGAAUGAGACCCGGGAGGAUGGCAAAAUAAUCCAGCUGCCGCCCUGCAAGACAGGCGCCUGGAUUGUACCCGCCAUCAUGGCCUGCUACCUGUUAGUGGCAAACAUCCUGCUGGUCAACCUGCUCAUCGCCGUCUUCAACAAUACAUUUUUUGAGGUAAAAUCAAUAUCCAACCAAGUGUGGAAGUUUCAGAGGUACCAGCUCAUCAUGACUUUCCAUGAGAGGCCGGUUCUGCCCCCACCUCUGAUCAUCUUUAGCCACAUGACCAUGAUAUUCCAGCACCUGUGUUGCCGAUGGAGGAAACACGAGAGCGACCCAGACGAGAGGGACUAUGGCUUGAAACUGUUCAUAACUGAUGAUGAGCUCAAGAAAGUACAUGAUUUCGAAGAGCAGUGCAUAGAGGAGUAUUUCAGAGAAAAGGAUGAUCGCUUCAACUCAUCCAAUGAUGAGAGGAUCCGCGUGACUUCAGAAAGGGUGGAGAACAUGUCCAUGCGGCUGGAGGAAGUCAACGAGAGAGAGCACUGCAUGAAGGCCUCGCUCCAGACCGUGGACAUCCGGCUGGCGCAGCUCGAGGACCUCAUUGGGCGCAUGGCCAUGGCCCUGGAGCGCCUGACAGGUCUGGAGCGGGCUGAGUCCAACAAAAUCCGCUCCCGGACCUCGUCGGACUGUACGGACGCCGCCUACAUCGUGCGCCAAAGCAGCUUCAACAGCCAGGAGGGAAACACCUUCAAGCUCCAAGAGAGUAUAGACCCUGCAGGUGAGGAGACCAUGUCCCCAACUUCUCCAACCCUAAUGCCCCGUAUGCGAAGCCAUUCUUUCUAUUCAGUCAAUAUGAAAGACAAAGGUGGUAUAGAAAAGUUGGAAAGUCUUUUUAAAGAAAGGUCCCUGAGCCUCCACCGGGCUACUAGUUCCCACUCUGUAGCAAAAGAACCCAAAGCUCCUAUACCCCCUGCAAACACCUUGGCCAUUGUUCCUGACUCCAGAAGACCGUCCUCGUGUAUAGACAUCUAUGUCUCUGCCAUGGAUGAACUCCACUGUGAUAUAGACCCUCUGGACAAUUCCAUGAACAUCCUCGGGCUAGGCGAGCAAAGCUUUUCAGUGACGGCACCUUCCACGGCUCCUUCAACCAGUGCCUAUGCAACCCUUGCACCCACAGACAGACCUCCAAGCCGGAGCAUUGAUUUUGAGGACAUCACCUCCAUGGACACUAGAUCUUUUUCUUCGGACUAUACCCACCUCCCAGAAUGCCAAAACCCCUGGGACACUGACCCUCCAAUGUACCAGAGCAUCGAGCGUUCCAAAAGUAGCCGCUACCUAGCCACCACACCCUUCCUUCUAGAAGAGGCCCCCAUCGUGAAAUCUCAUAGCUUUAUGUUUUCUCCUUCACGGAGCUAUUAUGCCAAUUUCGGGGUACCCAUGAAAACAGCAGAAUACACAAGUAUUACAGACUGUAUUGACACAAGAUGCGUCAAUGCCCCUCAAGCGAUCGCUGACAGGGCCACCUUCCCUGGAGGUCUUGGGGGCAAAGUAGAGGAUCCGUCCUGCUGCCAUCCUGAGCGAGAAGCAGAACUGAGCCACCCCAGCUCUGACAGUGAGGAGAACGAGGCCAGAGGCCGGAGAGCCACCAUCGCGAUACCUUCCCAGGAAGGGGAGCACACAGACAGAACCCUGUCCAAUAACAUCACAGUUCCCAAGAUAGAGCGCGCCAACAGCUACUCGGCAGAGGAGCCAAGCGCGCCAUAUGCACACACCAGGAAGAGCUUCUCCAUCAGUGACAAACUCGACAGGCAGCGGAACACAGCAAGCCUGCGAAAUCCCUUCCAGAGGAGUAAGUCCUCCAAGCCGGAGGGACGAGGGGACAGCCUGUCCAUGAGGAGACUGUCCAGAACAUCCGCCUUUCUCAGCUUUGAAAGCAAGCACAACUAAACCUUCCUAAUAAGCAUUGCAGGAGGCCCAAGAAUCCAGCCCUAAAAUUCCCCCCGAACUCCACCUGCUCCCCUUCCUUGAAACAUACCUGCUUUAUUCUUAGCUGAGCAAAACAAGCAAUGCCUCAGGAGGUCUUAACUCAAAGGUGACUUCUGGGCCACAGAUCGAGAAAGCGUUUGUUCCGGCCCAGCGCCAAACAGGGGCUUUAAGUCAUGUUCACACUUGAUGGGCAGGGAGGGGAAAGAGGGAGAAGAAGGGUAGAGAUGAAUGUGUAUCACUAGUCACUUCUGAAAGCGAUGAGCUCUGGGAAUGAAGGGGCGUCAAGCAUUCUCCAUGCCAGGAGGCAUCUUUCCAAUUCUGACCCUGAUCAAGAGUUUUAGGAUACAGGGCUAAAUUGCAAACUAAGAUAAAAUAAAGUAGCCAGCAUACAAAUGAGAUAUUCUAAACUUCAAUUCUGUUUUCUUUUCCCAUUGGCUCCAUCACUGGUGACUGAUGAAGAGCAUCCUUUUUAUUCAGUAUAAGCCGGCAGCAAGCAAUUCUACCUAACGUCCCACCUCCUUCUCAUGCCAACACUUCUGUAAUUGAUCAUUAUAAAGAAAAAACAAGGUAACAGUCAUAGUUCGCCUGUCUCUUAUAUAUUCACUUCUGGUGCCACAACUGUUUAUCUUUUCUGAAGAAAAUAAAGGGAAAAGAAAUGCCUUUUUGUAUUGCAAUCAAAGUGAAAGAAGAAUUGAGGCUAAAAACAAAUGUCAAGUGGUUUAUUAUAUACAGUGGGCAUUCGAGUAUAGUCGAGCAAGCUCAGGAUGAAUGUAAUUAAAUAAUUUUCUAUUUUUUCAUUUACUUUGUACCUCACCCAUCAUCAAUGAAGCCACUCACUGAACACGUGAUAGUGAACUCAAAGGAGAAAACAAAUAGUGGGCAGAACUCACCUAAAAUUGCCAUGUGGUACACUGUUGUGGUCUCGCCAUUAGUGUCCUGUGCCAUGCUGCUGUGUGGCUGUCAUCAUUUGCAUGACUGUGCCAUGUCUUCUGAGCAUCCGCAAGAGGUACCCGGAAAUUCUUCACACCCCUCAUCACAUGACCAUUUUGUAUACGAAGACCUGAUCACAUGUGGAUAUUUUCAUACCUAGAGGUUUGCCAUUUAAUCUGAGCUCAGCUUAACUUUAAUCAGAGUCUUUCAAGGGCUGCCAUCUUGUUUUUAUGGAAAUGUUCCAAAGUACUUUUUAAGGAAGUUUCACAUCAUAAAUAACCUUAGAAUUGACCGGGAAUUUAGUAUCAACCCAAAGCCAUCAGUUUCAGGCAUACCAUGAAUAUUUUUCUUCUAUACAGAGCUAUGAAAAUGAUACAAUAGACUAAAAUAGAAAGUAAAUACACCACAUAAAGAUUUCCAUGGUAUAUGCUGCUUAUAUACCUAUAUAUGCAUUACACAGACAUGUUUAUAUAUGGUAUAUAAACAGGCAUUAGAGGCUUGGACCUUUUCUAACACCUUGAGGUAUAACCAGGAUUUUUUAAUAGCCAAGGAGUUCCAUUGAAAGAGUCCAUUAUAUUAUGUUGGAUUUUGACCAGUGUUGAAAUUACGACUUUUAAAUACUUAUGACCUUAGCUCUUCCUUGUACCAAACGAGAGUUGCCAAAAUGACUGGCCAUCCGCCCUCUGCUUUUCUGUCUGGAAGCACAUGUUGUGAUGACAUCUUAUUUAGUCUGGUUUCUUCUGCCCCAAGUGAUUACACCAAGUACAAUCUGAAUUAGACUUGCAGUUCCACACCGGAUGGUAUUACUCUUCAAUACAGGCUACUGUUAGAUCGGAAUCUGGAUUUGAAGGGAGACAAAUAAAUGUUGACCCCCAAAUCUUCAGAUUCCUACUUGCAUCACUGAUGUUUAAAAAGAAUAAAAUAUUUAAGGAAAAUGAUCUAAUGCCACCAAAAUAUUAUGUGGCUCUCCUGUUUCAUUGUUAUAAGCUCCAGAUUUUCUCAUUAUGUGAAAUCAAGUAAAUACAUGGACAAAACCUCUAGCCUUCAAAUUUUUUUAAACACUCCAAACCAGUCUUUUGGAUAUGGAAAUGGUUAUGAGGCCACAUACAAAAAAAUUGAAUAAUUCCUUUUCACUCUUUGGUAUGUGUGUACAUCGAAAACAAGCAGCCAGCCUCCCUCGUAUGCAAUUGCUCUAGAGAAGCUUGCAUUUUUACUGAGCCCCAAAGUGGCUGUUUCCCUUUCAGCGAAUAUAUAUAUGGUAUGAGAAUAAAGCAGUUGCCCUUAAACUUCCUCGAGUCAUGAAUCUCAGUGAGAAUCUGGUGGCAUCUUUGGGCCCUCUCCCCAGAAAAGAACGUGCAUACGUGCACAGUUGCAGCCAAACCUGCAAGGGCCCACAGACCCCCGGUUCUAUCCUGAUUGAUAAUGAGGAAGAGGACUCGUAAUCGAUAGUUGUAAUAGGCACUUUACAUUUGAGACCAUUUCUCUGUGAUUCUCAGGAAGGCUCAGUCUCAGCACCAGAGUUUGAACCAAGCUUUAGUUCUUUUCAUCCCUUAGAUUCUAUUUUGCUAGUGCGCUGUACUUGUAUCCUGAUGUUUGAUGAUUUUAAGUACGGAGCACACUUUAAAAAGCCAGAAGGCUCUCCGAGAGAGUCUGUAGAGGAAUCCCAGAAAGAGGUGAGACCAUUAAUCUUUGAUCACAGAGCAGGACAUCACUGUACCCCCAGGGCCCCGUUCUGGGCCAGACUGAAAGUGAGGGAGAGAAAUUAUGUGCACAAGUGUUUCCCUUCACCAUGAUUUCUGGACAGAACAGAAGGACCCGGGAAGCACAGUACUUAACAGUCCUCACCUUGUGACUGCCUGGUUCUUUCGUGGUGCAGGAAAAUGACGUUCUCACAUCUUUGUGAAGUGUGCAAAAUAUACAAGCCAAAUUUCAAUCUUUAAACUUCAACCGUGCAAUUCUCAUGAGCCAUUGCUUCCCUGUGCACCUACACGUGUGUCCUGUUUCAACCCAUUUCUUCCCAUUUCUGGGUUCUCUGCACACCAAUGUGGCAUUGAUUCUGUGGCCUUGUACAGUCAGCUGUGUUCAGCUCGUUUAUUCCAUCAUGUCCCCGAUCAAGGGGAUGUUAGUUACCUGUCUCUGUGAAUUAAGCAGCUCGUGAACAGCACAUUACUGAGGAACAUAAAUAAAGUCAUAGAGAGCUCACAGAAGUAAUAGCUUGGGCUUCAUCAUCUGCCUUUGAGGUGCCAAUUUUAUAUACUACUGUAUGUAAUGAUUCGUUCUAAAUUGCUUGUUCCUUUGGGAAAAAAUUAAGUGUUUUAUGAAAAUAGCCAUGGAAGUUCCCUGACUGACCCCCGUGCUUCUAGUGAGAAACUUCCUCCUUGAUGGAUCUGAAUGAGAAGCUGGAAAACUUGGGCACGUUGUCAUGGGUAGGCUACAUUUUUCUCCAAGCCAGAAGGUUUGUUAGCAGGCAGAAUGCAGCACUUUACAGAACUGGAUUUCUUUUUAAGUCUAAGCUUCCAGGUCUAGGAUAUCUAUUUAGCACUUUGAAAGUUCCCCUUUAAAUAAAGAAGAAAGAAAUUUAUAUAUAUAUAUGAAUAAUCCAGUGGGAAAACUGUACUUCUAAAAACACAAAGUGUGUUUCUUCUGAAUGUUUCAAAUGUGCUCUAAAAGAUGGUUUCUAUAGAUAAUAUUAUGGUAGAUAACUGGAUAGUCCAUUUAUUCCACUUCCUGAGGCUCUGCAGUCUAAUCUUCCUGAAUGUUUGGGCUGUUUGACUUCUGUGAUGGUAACAAUAUUACCCAGUGACCCAUCAUGCUGUAUCUAUGGGCUGUACCGUUCAACAUGUCGGACAAUGCUGCAUUAUAACACAUGCACACAUGUAUGUAACCCGUGUUUAACCCAACAUAGUUGUAGCAUGUGGUUGUAUUAAUGAACGUUACAGGACAGCUUUAUAAUCAUUGACCAAUCUGUAACAUUCAAUAAAGAAGCACAUGUUGCCGGGGUUAAGUAUGUUCCCAAUGCCAUGUUAUUUAGCCUCCUCGUAAAAUGAGCACUUUUGUUCCUGACCUGAUCUGUUUUUCACAAUCCUAUAGGCCACUAGGAAGUAUGUGUAUAGGCUGAUGUGCAUCCUCUGACCAGCCCUGUGAGCCUUGGUGGGUGAACUGUGUUUUGUGAAAGACAAACUGGCAUGUUAUGCAAAAGACUGUCUGAAAAAUGAACUCAAAAUAAUAUUUUAAAUCGAAUUAGCUGUUUGUUUACAUCUGCUAACCCCGUGCGGAAGCAGUGUACAGUAUUUUAUAAAUAUGUUCAUUCAGUGACACUGAUACGUUUGUUUCUAGAUAAAGUGAUGCUAGUGUGUAGGUGGUUAUAUAUGUUCUAGAUAUUGCAUUAUUACUCACUAUUCUUUAAUAAUCGCAAUGUAACUUAAAUGAAGUAAUCCUUCCCCAAAUCCAGUCUUAAUUUUGUGGCACCAAAAUGCAUGCUCUGCUUUAUGCGUUUCUUUUGACUUUCUAAGGGCACUGAACAUUUUACUGUUGCCUGCUGUAACACUUAAAAACCAGCUAGGAACUUGCUCACCUUGUUGGGCUUCUUACACUGUUUGGGGAUUAUGUUCAGUUUUUCAAAAUUAAAAACAAAAAAGUAACCAAGGGUUUUUUUUUUAAUCUUUUUGUAAGCUCUGAACAAAUAUUAACCACAGGAUGCAUAGCUAGAGGACCCAGAGGUGGCCAGCUGACCCUGGUCCAGGUGUUGGUGCAUCUGUGAUGUAGGAGAGACACGUUUCUCUGGCUCUUUAGGGCCACUGGGGACAGAUUGUUAAACCAGACGUGAGAGUGGGAAGUCCAUUUGUGACGGCGCAGAAACCCCCGGAUCGUGGUGAAUGAGUGGCCCAGGGAUGACUGUGCCCCUCCCUCCUACCUGGUGGCUUUUCUUGCCUUGUAUGUGAGCCUGGCCUGGGGGGAGAGCGAGCGGUGGGGGACUGCGUGUCUGAUCAGGAACUAGGGGAGUCCGAAGAGCGUGCCCUUUAACGAAAUCACCGUGUCGUUAUCAGAAGCCAUCCCACAUCCGGAAAAGAGAGGAGGCGGUGUGCACUGUCUUAUAAAUGACCGUUUCUCAAGCGGGUAGAGAACACUUCUCAGCCUGCACUGGCCUCUGCUUUCUCUUCCUCUUACAUGUCAUUCUCUUUCCCAGAUUGAGGUCGACCAAAGAGGCGUUGGUUCUGAUUUAAGGAAAACAAGAUUUGUCUUUUCUUUUUUCAAUUCACUUGAGAAUCAGAUUCUCGUGUUACCUUUUCUCUGAUGAGUUCCUUGCACUGAUUGCUGCUAAUGAAAUCAAGACAUGACCGUUUCUACCUGUUGUCUAAGGAAGGAUUUCGGUGGCCCCAUAACCACAAGGCAGUAUGCGUGAGGUGAAUGUUCCCUUCCCUAGUUUAUCUCGUCUGCGGGUCCCCAAAAGCCCCCAGGCCCUUGCCUGUUUGCCCAGUGUCUGUGUGCCGCAGCAUGGAAAGGGCACGUGUCCAUGGGCUGUCUGCAGAGCACCGCUCCCGGCCUUGACCCAGGCCUUCCUCGGGGACAGGCAGUCCUCUGAGAGCGUUGGGCCACCGAGGGAAGUUCGGCUUCGUGCCUGAUUGUGCCUCCUUCUUCACCCCCCCUAACUUCCCUUUCUCUCCACCCAGCACAACAUGCUUUUUUUGCCAGACCUGCAGACCCUUGCUCCUGUUACCCCAGGUCCCUAGGAGGCUUGGCACAAUAAGCUGACGCAGUGGCUACUUGGAAAAAGUCAAACUUUCAGACUUUGCCCAGCCCUCAUCUCCCCACUAACAGAGACUCCUGUCCAUACUCUCUCCUCCAUGCCCCUAACUCAGCUGGUAUUUGAAUCAGCCUCAUCCAAUUCUUUGCUCUCCAGAAUCCCAAAAGAGGGAUCACAUCUUCACCCCAACUCCCCCCAGAUCGUCAGAACCAGCCAUCUGCAUCUAGACCUUGGGGCUGCAACCUCAGAUACACGCAGGGCCUCGAGCCAGGACGCAAAUGUGCCCGUUGGAUGUAGAGCGACAACAGGAAGCAGUGGGUUUUCAGGGCAUGAGAGAACACGUGUCCUGUUCGAGAAACAUCCACAUACAGAGGGGUAAACACUCUGCUAGCCAAGCAAACGUGUCUGCCAGCAGCCUCCAGUCCCAACGGCAAUAGUUUGGGACCUCUGAUUUAGGGCCAACCGGGAUCAUAUUCCUGAUCCCGACUUAGUGUAUACAAGAAAUACAGCGAGAAUGGAGGCGGGGACAGAGAGGAACUCACUCUGUUCAGGGUUCUUCCUGUUCCCGUGAAUGAUACACGCGUGUGUAUUUGCUAGCUGCAUCUUUCUGGACCAAACACGGGAUCCUUGUGAGGGAGAUUUGGAAGAAGAGUACCGUAACAUUGUAUCGAGGCUUAUCUGCUUCCUGUCCCUCCAGCAUCUAACUUGAGUUUAUAUUGCUGUUCCCGCUGCACAAAACAGUACAUGCAGUAUAGUAUUCAUAAUCAUUUCAUAAUCUAGAACUUAGACUCUCAUUUGUAAACAUUCUAACCAUAGUUUAUAAUGGGGGAAAUUCUUCAAAUACCAUUUUUAAAUGAAUUCCUACAAAUACAACAAUUUUGAAAUUGGGUUUGUUAAAUAUAUAUACAUCUUUUCCUUCUUUGUGUAUGGAUAGACAGCGGUUUGCAUAUCUAUCGACAUUAUAAAUAUAUAUGAAUCCUUAGAGGAAUUGUUCUUUUCUAAAGGUCUAUUAUUGGAUUCACAAUGCACUUUGAGCUUGUUGUUUGUUUAGAUACAUAAUUCGAAGCAGAAGUUGGCAGAUACCAUGGGAAAAACUUUCUGAAAUUUCUGUAACAAAUGUUUUGCAAUAAAAAAGAAAACUUAGUAGUUUAAAACAUGA